AUGAGUAGUAAAGGAAAUAUGGUGCAGUCCCCCUGUAGCCACCCACUGUUUGUCCCCACCAGUCCUUCCAGCCUGCCCUCCUCACUUUCUCUAAGCUAGAAUGGGCUGUUUCAGUCUUUUAUUUCUUCAUACAGCAGGCAGAACUCCACACCUGUCCAUAUGGACGGCAUUAACAACACUGAACUGUCUUAUUCCUGUCGUUUCCAUCCACCGUUUCCAUGACUGGAGCAGAAGCGCGCAAUACACUGAGAUACUGGGAACAUCUCUAUAAUAAAGGAAAGAUCUGUAGGGACUAACCUGCACUCUCACGUCUCUUUCUGCGAAAGGUUUGUUUACGGGGUAGAAUAAAGGGUUUGUAGCUCCGACAUGGAGACAGUGGGAUUUUGGUGCUUGUUGUUACUCGCUCACACUUCAGCUGCCCCAAACACACCUGGGGUACUUCAGGAGGAGAAAAAUGACCACAACAAAACUUUAGAUCCUGAGCUUGAAGACCAGGUUGAUGUUUUGAUUGAGCUGCUGGCUGAUUAUGAAACAGAGAGAGGCGCUGACUGUGGCUGUAAAUGUGUUGUCAGAGACCCGGGCAGGAGCGCGCGCCCUCCGGAGUACUACACGGGGCAGAACGUUGCGUCUCGCCACGGCUGCAAGUGCGCAUGCGCAGCAACUCCACAGCCAGCGCAGCAGCCCUGCGAGGAAACCUGGGGAGAAAAGAAGCUGCAGCAAGCUUCGGGAGAAAAAUACAAGCUCUUGGCAAUAAUGGACUUGCUGGAGGAUACUUUCUCCAAAGCAAAUAUGUUGAAGUUGAUGAAGCUGAGCGCACUCACUACCGAGCUGCUGGAGAGGGUGGCCAACAUUGAGAGGGUAUUAUUUCAGAAACAGAAUGCUGAGAAGACUAAGGUAGAGAGCGUGCCAGCAGAACCAGAAACAAAGCCAGUCCCACCCACAUCCACACCCACACCAUCGCCGGAGAACAGACAGAAACAGAGCGAGAAGAGUAGCGAGGCUGCAGCUUUUCAGCAUUCAGAGAGUAAGUAUGAGGAGAAGUUUGUUGGAGGCCUGUUAAAAAGUAGUGGACCUGGACCAGAAGAUGUUAAAGCUUUACAGGAACAAGAGCAUCAUGGAAGGCAGCAGCACCCAAAGAUGAUUGUUAGGGGGAUCACAUACUACAAGUCUGCCCCGAUGGAUGAGGCAGAGGCAGAAGAGAACAUGGGUGAAGAUGAAGUCCACAGUGGUGAUGGCUCUGUAGAUCUCUUUACAGAAGAGGAACUUCUUCCUCUCAGUGUUCCUUCAUUCAGAAGUGUCACCAAAUCAUGGCCAGGUUCAGCUAAACCCAAGCCUCCAACUCAGGAUAGUACAAUAACACAAAGUGUGCCUAAGCCUAAGCUGGAAGAAUCUGUCCCUUCUCCGUCUGUUAAGAGUGAAAUGCUUAAUAAUUCAGGGCCUGCAUUGACAAAAACCUUCCACUGGUCUACAACACACACCACACCUCAAACACUCCCUGGAAUACAGGAAGAAAGAGAGGAGAAGACCACUUCUCAGAUGAAUGUGAUGAACAUGGAGUCAACUUCAAGUAUCAUAAAGAUGAAGUCUAAUUCAGCAUCUUCAGAAAUGACCGGAACCACCAUACCAAGCACAGUGGCUGGUGUCAUCAGUCAGUCAGAGGUCACAACAAAAACUUUAACUGAGCAAACCCACAACACUGGAACAAUUUCCAUGGAGGAUUUUAGUCAGGUCAAUAAACAAAACACACUGUCAAGUGUGACACCAUCACCAAACACACAGAGUCAAACUACUAUUAUUCCAGACUCUUAUUCCACCACAAUCACAGAUGAUGGAAGCCUCAUGGAGACCAGUGUUGGGAUGACAGCUACUACCACAGACUUCAAUACAGGAGCAACUACUAUUCUGACUACAUCAAAUGUAACUGAGGGUGAAGGUGAUUCUAGCACAACUACAUCAAUGGCCAUAAAACUGGUCAAUAGUACCACUACAACUAUAAGCAGUGGCAAAGCGGACAAACACAACACACACAGCAUUCGUUUGGCUAGAAAACAGCAAGACCCAAAACAAAAGUUCAUUAAAACUGUAGAGAAUGAGGACAUUGAGAAGAAGCCUCAAAAGCAGCCAGGGGAAUGCAAGGACACACUGGCCACCAUUGCAGAACCGAUAGCACACAACACAUAUGGCCGUAAUGAAGGCGCCUGGAUGAAAGACCCGGUGGCUAAUGACAACAAGAUCUAUGUUGCUAAUUAUUAUUACGGCAACAACCUGCUGGAGUUUCAGAACAUGGAGGUCUUUAAACAAGGUCGUUUCACCAAGUCCUUUAAGCUGCCCUAUAGCUGGCUAGGCACAGGCCAUGCAGUCUAUGAUGGUGCCUUCUUCUUCAACCGUGCUUUCUCACGUGACAUAAUUAAGUAUGACCUCCGGCGGAGACGUGUAGCUGCCUGGACCAUGUUGCAUGAUGCUGCACUGGAGAGUGAUGAGGUUUCAUCAUGGCGAUGGAGAGGCCACUCAGAUGUGGAGCUGGCCAUAGAUGAAAGUGGUCUGUGGGUGAUUUACGCUGCAUUGGAUGAUGACGGCUUUCUACAGGAAGUGAUGGUGCUGAGCCGUCUGAACCCGGUUGACCUGACCACACAGCGAGAAACCACAUGGAGGACAGGACUGAGGCGUGAACGCUAUGGCAACUGUUUUAUCGUGUGUGGUGUCCUGUAUGCUACUGAACACCCUGGAGAACAGCAGGAGGACAAUCUCAUCUAUGCCUUUGAUACACAUACCAAUACACAAAUGACCCCCCGGCUCCCUUUUGGCAAUAACUCCACUUACAUUGCUCAGAUUGACUAUAACCCCAAAGAAAGGGCACUGUAUGCCUGGAACAAUGGUCACCAGAUCACCUAUGAUGUAGUGUUUGCAUAUGUAGAUGCACUUUAGAUGGGGAAAGCUGCUCAUUCUAAUGUGCAUUAUACUAAAUUUGGGAAAAUGUAUGCCUAUGAUACAAUAUGUGUACGAAAUAUGGACUGUAGAGCAGUCUUAGCAUUUUUGUGAUAUAUUAUCCCUCAUAUUUCUCAUUA